CUUUUCUGAUAUACCUGUUACUAUAAAUAUUGAAAAUGAUACUUUAACAAUUUCGGAUGAGUUUUUAGUUUUAUUAACAGAAAAAGAUAAUAAUAGUAAUAAUAUAUCAUUAUUUAUUCUUGGUACUAGAUGGCAAUAUCGAGCUGGCUGGGAACCUAUAGUAAAGG